GCGGAAUUCCCCCUUGAGUCCGGGGCUUUCCAGUCAGUAGCGUUCGUCGAUUCAUGAAAGUGUGCGAUCAUAUGGACUGUUCACUAAAUAAUAGAAGAAACUGGAACAGAUUCAUUGGAUGGAUAAGUUUUUAGUUUUUAGUUAAGUCGACGUCGAAUAGAAACUACACGAGAAUUAGCAAACAUCACAGUUAUCCAAGUCUGUCAGGAGUUCAGAAUCGGUUCGGAUGACCCUGCAGAGAACAGAAUGGCUGGAGCACUAAGGAUGGAUGAUGCGCAAUAUCCAAUGAAGUUUGACAAUGAGUCUUUACAGUUUAUGGUGGACCUUCCAUAUCUCCAUGAACCUUUUGAAGUGAAGCAUGAACCCUUUGUGACAGAAACAGUUCAUGGGCCUUACCUACAGAUAAUUGAAGAGCCAAAGCAGAGAGGAUUCAGAUUUCGUUAUGAAUGUGAGGGCCCAUCCCACGGUGGUCUGCCAGGGGCCUCCAGUGAGAGGAACAGAAGGACGUAUCCCACAGUCAAGGUUUCAAACUAUGUGGGUCAUGCUCGCGUGGAGGUUCAGUUAGUGACACACACAGACCCCCCUCGUGUUCAUGCGCACAGCCUUGUGGGUCGUCAGUGUAACGACAACGGGAUAUGCAGCAUUGAUGUUGGGCCUAAUGAUCUCACAGCACAAUUCAGUAAUUUAGGAAUCCUCCAUGUUACUAAGAGAGGUGUGGCUGAAGUAUUAACAAAAAGGCUGAGAGAAGAGAAGAGGAGGACAAAGGAGCCUGGAUAUAAGUUUAGUGAUGCAGAGGAACAGGCUAUUAUGCAAGAAGCCAAAGAAUUGGGCAAAAAUAUGGACCUAAACAUUGUAAGGUUAAAGUUCACUGCUUACCUUCAGGACAGCAAUGGGAGUUUCACAAGAGCCUUGAAGCCUGUUGUUUCCAACCCUAUCUAUGAUAGCAAAUCACCAAAUGCUUCAAAUCUGAAGAUCUCCCGAAUGGAUAAAACCUCUGGAUCAGUGCUGGGAGGAGAAGAGGUCUUUCUGCUCUGUGAUAAAGUUCAAAAAGAUGAUAUUGACAUCCGUUUUUAUGAGGAGGAAGAUGAUUCCGGAUGGGAGGCAUUUGGAGACUUCUCCCCCACUGACGUCCACAAACAGUAUGCGAUCGUGUUUAAGACACCACCGUACCGCUGCACAGAUAUCACACGCCCUGUCACAGUGUUCCUGCAGCUCAAGAGGAAGAAGGGAGGCGACUGCAGCGAACCCAAGCAGUUCACAUAUAUUCCACACAAUCAAGACAAAGAAGAAGUUCAGAGGAAGAGGAUGAAGGCACUUCCUCAGCACUACGAUAACUGGCGGGGAGGACCUCAAGGAGGAGCAGGGGCCUUUGGAGGUCCUGGAUCUGGAACAGGAGGAGGUGGAAUGGGAGGAGGUUUUCAAUUUAAUCAUCCGAUGGAUGGUUCAGGGUUUUUCAUUGGUGGAUGUGGUGGAUUUGGUGGAGGGGCACAGAUGUCAGGCUCCACCCCACAGGCUGAUGGAUCUCAGAAUCAGCCAACAAACAAACAAAAUCAGUCUAGCUCUCAAAUGCAACAGCAGCUCAUUCAGAUUGCCACAGUUCUGCAGAAUCGUGCCACUUCGAUGGCAAAGGGCACUGCUCGGGCUUUGUUACAGUACUGCAGCACAGGGGAUGUGCGCCCCCUGCUGGUUCUGCAGAGACAUCUGUGUGGAGUGCAAGAUGAGAACGGAGACACGCCUCUGCACUUGGCCAUUAUCCAUCAGCAACCUGCUGUGGUGCAACAGCUUAUUCAGGCCCUGAACAACACCCCACAGCAGAAGUUCAUCAACAAACUCAACAACCUUAGUCAGUCUCCAUUGCAUCUGGCUGUGAUCACUAAGCAGCCCAAGUUAGUUGAGGUGCUGAUGAGAACCGGGGCAGACCCGAGCCUGCAGGACCGAGAGGGCCGGACAGCGCUUCACUUGGCCGCACACACCGGCGAUGAGGCUGUACUACGAGUGGUCCUGGGCCUGCUUGGAGAGCGCUAUAUCCAUUUAAUAAACUCUGCUGACUUCUCAGGUCAAUAUCCAGUCCAUCUCGCUGUAAGGAAGGACGGAGAGCACUGUCUUCGAUUGCUAGUGGAGGCAGGAGCAAAGAUUAACAUGCCAGAGCAGAAAAGUGGCUGUACAGCUCUACACCUGGCUGUGAGGGAUAACCUGUUAAAACUGGCCUGUAAUCUUAUUACUGAGCUAAAGGCUGACGUGAAUGUGUGUACCUACGGGGGCAACAGUCCUCUUCACUUUGCUGCCAGUCAGGGCUCCCCACCUCUCUGCUCCAUGCUGAUAGCUGCAGGUGCUGAUAAACGUAUGGAGAAUGAUGAGCCUCUUUUCCUAAGCUCGUCUUCAUCAGAUGAAGAUGAUGAGGGUGAGAAGAAUGAUGCUGAUAGGCAGCUUCCCGAUGACAUGGUUCAGCAAGUUCACUUGAUGUCAAUAUCAUCCGAGAGGGGAACAUUUAACCCACGCAAGAGACCUGCUGCAGGACACACACCAUUUGACCUGGCUAAAUGCCAAAAGGUUAGAGAUCUAUUAGAUGGCAGGAAAGGCCCCAAGCCCAGUUCACUCGCCCCCAAGAGGACCAAAAUAAGCACUGAUGAAGUGAAUCAAGGUUUGGACAGCGAGGUGCUCAUGAAACUGUGUGGUAUUCUUAUUGAAGACCAUGUACCCUGGAGAGAGCUGGCAGAAAAACUGGGCAUGCUCACACUCACUCAUCUGUUCCAGGAGAGUGCCUCACCCUGCCAGAAGCUUCUCGAGAACUACCAGUUGAGUGGUGGUCCUGUGGACGGCCUGGUGGAGGCGCUGCAGUCUCUGGGUGUGAGUGAAGGAGUGAGACUUCUGACAGCCAGCCAACCCAGAGAGGACAAGCAGAGCUCAGAUUCUACAGAGGACAGUGGCUUUGGGAGUCAGUCCAUUGGAGAGGGGAUGGGAAAUCCUGAAGUGACCAAUCACUGAUUAUCAGGAUCUAUUCAUUGAGGACAACUUGGCACUUUAUUUGACUUUUUUCAGGUGCGAACUGGUGGACUGUUCAUCAUCUCAAUGUGGAAAUACAGCACGUCACAGGAAGGAUUGAAAAGAAUCGUUUUGAGGUCAAAAGCCCUCACUGGUAUUACAUAACAGUAAGACAUGACAGAAAUCAGUUGAUACUCAAAUCUCUGAGGUCUGGAGUGUAGCUGUAGCUGUAGUUUUAGUGCAGACAAUUCAGUGCUUGUAUCUGAACAGCAAAUAUCCAACUGAGACUUUACAGUAAUGUAACAGUAAUGCAACUGUCAUUUCCCCAGCACAGCUAUAACCUUGGAAUAUGUUUUGUUUGCAGAAUGUUCUAUGGAUGUUUCUAGUAAGCUCUCUCUCGAUAUAUAUAUGCAACUUGCAAAAUGCAAAGAUGUGAUGACAAUUUAAAUGACUUUGCUUAAUUUUCGGAUACAUCUAGAGAUGUCUAUCCAAUACUGUUUGUUUAUUUAUGUGUAUUUUUGGUUGCAGUUAUACUUUUGUUCAGAGGUUGAGUAAAUAUGUUUGUUUUAAUAAAAUUAUUAUUUCAUAA